UGGUUUUUAUAUAUAUAUGCGUUGACAUGGCCAUGGCCAUGGCAUGUUGAGAUCUACUGCACGUCACACACUUGCCGCCCUUCAUGGUUUGACUCGCUUGAGUUUCCAGCGAUGCCUUGCCACAACGCUAGAGCAGUGGCAGAGGCGAUGCGAUCGAUUAGCUUGCCUCUUGAGAAGGAUUAAGUUCCCGAAGCUGAGCGAGUUUGAGGCAGGUGGCGAGACAUACGCGCUGCCCCUGCGAUCAGUGGCUCCGCCACGCGACUUGCCAACCCAAGCAGAACUUGAAUAUUUGGUUGGCUUUUUUGAUGGCGACGGGUGCGUGUCAAUGCGCCGUGCAACUGGACAGGUGGCCCUUGAGGUGUCUCAGGCGGAAGGUUCUGCUCAGAUUCUGAUUCGGUUUCGGGAAGCCCUUGGUGGUGGCAUUUAUCAGCAGGGUAGCAGGACUGGGGCGCGGCAAGCAACUUUAAAAUGGAAAGCCGGGGGCGAUGCUGCGAGGCAAGCCGCACAGCUGAUGUGCCGUAUUCCUGGCAUGAAGAGAAGGCAGUUGGAAAUUGCAGCUCAAGGUCCAAUUCGACCAUCCCUAAAAGAUGAAAGAGUAGACGAAUUGAUGGCACUAAGAAGCAGCAAUCAGAGACCAGAAGUUCUAAGGUGCUCCUGGCAGUAUUUAGCCGGCUUCUUUGAUGCUGAAGGUAGCAUUAGCGUGAGUCAUUCCAAGACAUCGCUGCAGUUGCACUUGGUACAGAGGAACCCUUGUGUAUUGGAAGAUAUUUUGACAUUUCUUUGCCAAAACAAACUUGAUCGCUGGCGACUGUACAAUCAUAACUAUUGCUUCGUGUUGUGCUGUGGACAUUUAGCAACCAGCAAGCAGAGUUUGGAGCACUUGCUGGAUGCUGGACUACAGGUCAAGCUAAAGCAAGCAGAACUGGCUCUUGCGCUAACUGCAGAAAACCAUAGGGAGGUCCGAAACGCCGUGUUUGAGCUUAAUGGCUUGCAGAACAGGUACCAACGCCUUGAUGAAGAUGGCAUCGAACGCUCCAAGCAAAUUAAAAGAAUGUACGACAAGUUGUACAGGACCAGCUGUCAACAGAAAGCUGAGCUGCUGCAGAGUAAACUGCAGGAGCUUCAACAAGAACAUGUCUUUCUAAAGCUGCAGUCCAAGUGCAAUGCGUUGCGCAGGGACAUCCGACAGUCGCUCAAAGACGGCGGUUUCAUUCAGCACUCUUAAACUGCCCGCAUCAGCAUACCUGGUAAGCGCUGUCCAUUUGCUUUGACGCCUGGUGGUUGGGUUAAGCUGCGCAAGACAGAUUUGCAGAGAAAGGUUAUGACCCAUUUUGACAAACAGUG